AUGGACGUAAGUGGUCUUGGCAUGCCUGAGGCAAGUUCGAUCACACGCCAAAAGACGACUACGAUUGGAGACAUCUUUCUAUGAAAGACUCUGAAGGCAUUCUACAAACAUCAAGUGCGAUUUGACAGCAUCGUGUGUACACAUGUAGACCAAGCUGUAGACUAAUUCUACCUAGUGGGGCAGCUAGCCCCGCUGUGAACAAAUGUUUACAAGCAGGCAACGACGAACAGCGACACUAACCAGCUGAAGUAAACCUCCAGCUCUCAUCCUCUGCCUUCUUCAAUCACAAAUUACUCCGAUCCAUAACCACUAUCAAUCUCGAUCAUGGCGCCUCCCUCUAAACUCGCUAUCGCAACUGGCGUCGUGAACCGCCUUGUCAAGGAAGAAGCAAGCUACCACAAGGAAAUCGAGCAACAAGAGGCGCGCAUCAAGAAGGCCGAGGCCAAUGAGGGAGAUGAGAACGGCGAAUACACCCUGAAGCAAGAGCGUCAAGCACUCCAGGAGACCAAGAACGUUUUGCCUGGCAUGAAGACCAAGAUUGAGCAGGCAGUCGAGAGGCUAGAGGAGGAGCUUGAGAACAACAAGGAAGGCGGCGCUCAGGCAUCACCGGAGGAAGUCACCAAGGCGAAAGAGGCUGUCGAAAAGGGCAAGGCGGCUAUGCGUGAGGCUUCUUAGAUUCGUAGCUACCGAAGAGAAAAUCGGUACAGCCGCCGUAUGAUAGUGAUACAAAGAUGAUGG